AUGACUGACAACAACAAUAGCCAACGACGUAUUUUUAUACGAGAACAUGUAUAUAAACGAGAUAAUUAUUUAGAACAAGUUGAAUUCGAAUUUAUUGAUGACUUAGAAUCUUAUUCAUCUAUUGAACGAAAUUAUAGUUUAUGGUUAACACGAGAUCAUUAUAUCAAAACAAUUUUACGACGAUAUGGUUAUAGUGCAAAUAAAAUGCCAACAUUUGAAGAAUAUAUUGAUACAAUACGACCAUUGAUUGCUGGACAUUGUUGUUCAGAACAUGAACUUCGUCGAGCAUUUAAUAUAUUUGAUCAACAUCGAAAUGGUAUCAUUGAAUUACAUGAAUUUUAUCGAUUCAUAAGUAUUAUUGGACGAUCAACAACAGAAGAAAAAAUAUUAAAUUUUAUUGAACGUGUAAAUAUGUCUGAUGAUAGAAAUUUGAAUUAUGAACAAUUUAAACAAUUUGUUAGACUUGGACAUGGAAGAGACAUGCUUGUUAAUGUUAGCUUGGAAGAAUAA